UAGGGGAAGGUUCAAAUUGUAUGCUUGAAUGCGGUGGAGCAUCAGAUGGAUUUUAUGCUAAAUCUCCACCUCCAAGCUUAUGCAGAAAAAACUUACUCAUAAAAUUAAAACAGGUCUCGUGCUUCCACAAAUGUUCUUAAAUUAAUAACAUUAUUUUAAGUAAUACACCUAAAUUGUUUGAAUGAAUUUUGACAUUACCAUUUGUUCCCUGACAACAAACGACCACAAAAAAGUCUGAUAAGUUUUUGCUGAUGUCAGCACAAGCACGCACGUGUUUGUAGCCCCUGCAUUGGACUACAACACCCAGAGUGCCGUGGGGCGCACGAGCCUCGCACAGCAGCAGCUGGUGCAGUAGCGGACGUUACUUUUGUUAACCAGCGGAUCCACCGCGGAGGAAAAAAAUCGGUGGGAAAAGUACAACCGCCUGCAAAAAACGUAAUUAAACGCUUUUUGAGCCGAAUUUGGCGGCGGAAGAUAUUUUUUAUGCACUUGUCAAAGGGUUCGAACGUUGAGUUUGCGCCAGUAAAAGAGAGGGGUUUCGAAAACUUGAGCCGAAGCGGGAGUUCUCUGGUUCAGGAUGUCGGACUGAGACAAAGAGGUCUGGGGGACAUUCCCGUCGGAGCGCAGGUAAAAAAUUAUUCUUGAAACCUCUGGAUGGGAAAGAUGGAGAGGGAGCUGCAAUGGUGGAAAGGACAGCUAGCUGCAGAUAUCCAUCAGUCCCUCCGCAUCAAGGAGCUGAAAUUACCCAUCUACAGGGCCCAUUCACCGCAGAUCGGAAUGCGGCGAUACUUUGCAGACUUAUUGGCCAUCUUGAGUAAUCGCUACCAGCUAUGUCCCACGGCGCGUCACCUGGCUGUCUAUCUGUUGGACUUGUUCAUGGACCAUUAUGAUGUGGCUGUCAAGCAGCUCUAUAUCAUUGCACUGUCCUGUCUGCUUCUAGCUAGUAAAUUUGAGGAGAAAGAAGACCGGGUGCCCAAACUCGAGCAGCUCAAUUCACUGGGCUUCAUGUGCAGCUUGAACCUGGUUCUCAAUAAGCGGGAUCUGAUCAAAAUGGAGCUUCUGUUGCUUGAGACCUUUAACUGGAAUCUGUGCAUGCCCACACCCGCCCACUUUAUUGACUACUACCUUCAUGCCUCGGUGCAGGAGGGUGACCUCUAUAACGGCUGGCCUAUCUCCUCCCUCUCCAAGACCAAGGCCUUCAUGGACAAAUACACAAACUACUUCCUGGAGGUUUCACUGCAGGAUCACGCCUUCUUGAGUUUCCGACCAUCCCAGGUUGCUGCUGCGUGCGUGGCAGCAUCUCGUAUUUGCCUCCAGAUUUCUCCAAGCUGGACAACUGCUCUGCACCUACUGACGGGCUACACAUGGGACCACCUCACCCAGUGUAUUGAACUCAUGCUGCUUGCUCACGACAACGAUGUUAAGGAGGCCAACAAAACCAAAUCGACACCACCUCACCGGCCCUCCUCUCUGCAGUCUCAGCCGGAGACGUCUCACAUCUCUCCAGUGUCCGUUAUCCAGACACCCGCAUCCUCCUGUACCACGUCCACCACACAGCAGCUCCUCUUUCAGGCAGAUAGCUUUGCUCACCUCUCCCAGCAUUCCCCGUCCUUGUCCCAGCUUCAAGCCUUAGCUGAGUCCCAGACUUUGGGGCCUGUGGUGAACAUGUCCCCUGACUUCCUCCAGGGCCACAGAGUGGGUCUGCUAACGGCAGCCCCUGCAGUCACCCCUGGAAGUGUCUUCCCUUCUUACCAGAGCUUGACCUCUGGUCUCCAGCCAGGGGCUCGUGGACUUGCCCUUCAGGGCCCCAUUUCUGUUCAGAUGGCCCUCAGUGGAGAGCCUCGCCACUGUCUCAGUAUGACUUACAACGGGGGCUACAUGGGGCCUCAUCACACUUUCACAGCCGGCUGUUUUGACAGGUGACGCCAGGAAAUGGAGAGGGAGCCCAAACCCCAACAGCAGUACGCUGCUACAUGUCCAUCCCAACUUGCCAUCCCGAAAUUUCCACUUACAGACCUCGUCUCUCUCUCUGUCAGUGCCACCAUGCCUCCAACUUGUGCCACCCCCACAUCCCUUUCACAGAAACAUUUCAAGCGUAAGCAGAGGUCCAAAGGAAAGGCAGACCCAGUGGAAGUCAUCACGCUGACGUGACAUGAUUGAUUGGAACUUGGGCAUGUCCACCUUGUGUUCUGGUUUUAGAAAACUCUUAUUUUACUGUCAUCACUGUGAAUGAGAUAAAAGCAGCAGAUCAUUGGAACAUCAGCCUCAUUCAGUGCCUCUUUUUUUUAGCUCUGUGAUAGCUGAGCCAAUUUUAGAAGUACAGACCACGGUGUUUCUAUGAUUAUAUCUUGCUGCUUGCCUUUUUUUUUUAUUUAAUUUUUUUUAUUAUUGUAAUCCAAAAAUGUUUUUAAGUGGAACAAUUUGGCUGGUAUUUGUCAUGAACUAUUGGGCAGAGAAGCUAACCUGCAGGUUUGUUGUUGAUGUGGCAGGAAAUGAAGGGGCUAUGCAUGUCACUUAAGUGGUCUUCAAUAAGAGAAUAUGUGUCUCUUGAAUGUCAGUGAAUCUGGAUCUAAUAUCUGUAGUCUCUGACUAAGCCUCUUGGAAUGCUCGUAGAGGAAUUCAUUGUUUUGUGCAUAGCAGGUGAAGUUGUCAGCUAUGACACGCCUGCAGUGCUCUUUCUUCUUCUCUACCAUUUACAAGGCCCAGCCCUUGUGGCACAGCCCUCCAUCCACUCACAGGCUUUCUCAAACUAAAGUAUUAAUUUCAACAUUCUUAGCACCACGCAAAUAAUUUAGCGUGGCAAGUUGGACCGCUGUGCCGAGACUUUGGACACGAGUUGUGUAUUGUACAUAUGAAUUGCUGCUGCCUUCUUAUGACCUGUUGGUUCUGCGUCUGUUAAUGACUCAAAUGUUUACAUGAACCACUAAAAGUAUCAGGGACUUGAACAAAAUUACUUGAAUAUUAUGCCAUUGAAACAUGCCAUAGCUUUUAUUUAUGAUGCAUUUUUUUUCUGUUUUGUUUAAUAUGAAGUAGUUAUUUUUUUAACCACCUCCUUAUUUUCUUUGUAAAUUUUCAUUUGUAGAAACUGGCUCAGGUUUUAAGGCUGGAACUUUCAGCCUUGUGUUAUUCUGUGCUGUUGAGUAUGCUUUAAGUGGGCGCUCAUAGGACGUCCGUGUGGUAUUCGCCCUCAUCACUGGACUGGUCCACUGAGGCGCCUGUAACUGACUGCUGAAUAAGCCUUUAAGUAAAAUGGGAUUCAUGGUCACUGGUUUAAAAAACAAAGCAAAAAACACACAUCUGUAGUUAGUUGUCUGUAAUUAGCUUUCCAGUGAUCUAAAGCUCCAGUUCCCGAUCUUCCACUUCCUUUCUAAGUAUAAACGCAUCCAGAUUCCCAUUGAUGGUCACAGGGCUUAAACUGUUGCUAUGGUGAUACUCAAAAAGGCCAUGGACCCCAAAUUCUGUGAUGUUGGUCAUGUAUGACUGAACUGAAACUGAGGCUGUAGUUUUGUGGAGAAUUGAGCUUCUUGAAAAAAUUCAUCAGAACAUGCCAUUUGAAGGUUUUCCAGAUAAAGCGGCACAUUUUCACAUCUGCAGCCUCACGUAGGUUUGCUGUGGACAUGGUUUGUCCUGUAUUAGUGUGUUGGUGCCUUGCCCUCAGCUAGGUUUGAGUUCUGAACUGUAAAUGCAAGCACAUUUGUUUUAUGUGGAACACUACUUGUACAUGAAGCUUUCUGUGAACCUCAACACUGUGGAACCACCAAAUCAUUUCAGCUUGGGUUUAUUCCCGCCUCUUUCCUGUGAUAAAAGCUAAAAUGCUAUGCUUUUCUUUACUAACUUUUUUUAAAAUGUACACUUGUAGCUAUAUUUUGUGUUAGAUUCCUGUUUUGGUUGUAUUUUUAGUUGAAGCUUCCGGGGGUCCUUCCUCUUUGUUUGUAUGAGCAGUUUCUCUCUGAGGUGCCAAAGGUGCAAUAUGUUUUCUAUUGAAAAAUGACCACAGCCAUCACUGUCUCAUGCACACCACUGGUUCAUCUUUUGUAAUUUAUUACUUUUUAAAAAUUGUUUGGUUCGACUUGCUGUAGCUUGUUUUUCCUGUAGAGGGCAGUGUGCUCUGAACACAAUGAAUAAAUAAAUCUUUCAUAUUGCA